AUGGUUUCUCUGCGGAAAUCCGCGCUGGUGUACGCCAGUUUGCUCUUUUCGCUUGUUCGCGGUUUUGAUCUAGAUGUCACUAGCAAGACCUCCAUCUGCAGCGGAGCCACAGACAUCACCAACGGUAUCAUGGACUACUAUGAAGGCUACAGAUAUGGUGGAACUGUGGGUGAGUUUCAGUCGCCUUAUUAUUGGUGGUUAGCGGGUGAAGUUUUUGGUGGUAUGAUUGAUACCUGGUAUUUUUGCCAAAACGACACUUACGAAGAGACCAUCUACAAUGCCCUGAUUGCUCAGAAAGGUGAUAAAAACAACUACAUCCCAUCCAACCAGUCCUUCACGGAAGGUAACGAUGAUCAAGGAUUUUGGGGGUUUGCCGUAAUGGGUGCGGUCGAGAGAAACUUCACCAAUCCAACUUCCGAUGAUGAUCCAUCUUGGCUAGAGCUUGCCCAAGCCGUCUACAACACCAUGUGGGCUAGGUGGGACAAUACCACAUGUGAUGGUGGACUUAGAUGGCAAAUCUUCACCUGGAACAACGGUUAUAACUAUAAGAAUACCAUUUCUAACGGAUGUCUUUUCCACAUGGCUGCUAGACUGGGAAGGUACCUCGAUAACGAUACCUAUGCCGACACCGCCUCUACCGUUUGGGAUUGGAUGGAGGAUGUUGGUUUUGUUGUUGAAAGCGGGGAUUCCAUAAGUGUUUACGAUGGUGCUGACAUCGUGGACGAUGAAUGUCCCACCGUCGGAGAGGACGAAUGGACUUACAACUACGGUAUCCUCAUUGCAGGUUGUUCCUACCUGUAUAACAUGACUGGAGAGUCCAAAUGGGAAGAUCGUGCCACCAGCUUGUUCAACGGAAUCUCGAUAUUUUUGAAGGAUAAUGUGAUGUAUGAACGGCAGUGUCAAGACUCUGGUACAUGUAACAACGAUCAAAGGUCCUUCAAGUCGAUCUUCUCUAGAUCGCUGGGUAUGACAGCAGUUUUGGUGCCUUCGCUUUACGAUAAAGUUUACGAAGUGUUGACAGCCUCUGCCCAAGGUGCUGCCCAGUCAUGUUCAGGAGGUACGGAUAAUGUCACUUGUGGUCAGAAUUGGUCUCAUGACGGUUGGGAUGGUGUCUACGGUUUAGGAGAGCAAAUAUCUGCUCUGGAGUGUAUCCAGAAUCUUUUGAUUGACCAAAGACCUGGCCCUUACAAGGCAACCACCGGAGGCUCGUCUAAGAGUAAUCCAGAUGCCGGUCUGGGAACUUCCACUGACACCAACGCAAACGAAGUUGAUAUCGUGCGUAAGGACAAGGUGGGUGCGGGGAUACUAACCGCAGUGGUUCUGGUGGCAGUUGUCUCGACUGCUGUGUGGAUGGUUAUCUGA